UGUUGCUUUUGGUGGGCGUUGUAAGCAAGGUGACCCUUGGAUCUCCAAACGGAGACUUUGUAAAGGAUGGAGAGGCUUAGUCAAUUAAAUCCAGUAGGCUGCAGCCUGAUCACAAAACAGGAAGGGGAACAGGCACAAAGUACUUCACGCUGAGGGUUAGUGUUACCGAACUGAAGAAAGGACAAGGACUUGAACUCAAGUGGACCCUCAACACAAAACAGGUGAACAGAGAUUUGAACAUGGCCUCAAUUAUGCAGAAGCUGAUCACCCCUCUGUUCAGCGGUCCUCCUGAGCUCCCCAGGAAUAAAGUGACGGUGGUGGGAGUGGGCCAGGUCGGCAUGGCCUGUGCUGUCAGCAUCCUGCUCAGGGAGCUGACAGAUGAACUGGCACUGGUGGAUGUGAUGGAGGACAAGCUGAAAGGAGAGAUGAUGGACCUGCAGCACGGCAGCCUCUUCCUCAAAACCCCCAAAAUAGUUGCAGACAAAGAUUACUCUGUGACGGCAAACUCUCGCAUCGUGGUGGUGACGGCUGGAGUUCGUCAGCAGGAGGGGGAGAGCAGGCUGAACCUUGUCCAGAGAAACGUCAACAUCUUCAAACACAUCGUCCCUCUCAUCGUCAGAUACAGCCCCAACUGCAUCAUCAUCGUGGUUUCCAACCCAGUCGAUGUGCUGACCUAUGUGACCUGGAAACUGAGUGGCCUUCCCAAGCACCGAAUCAUCGGCAGCGGCACAAACCUGGACUCGGCUCGCUUCCGCUUCCUGAUGGCGGAAAAACUGGGAAUCCAUCCCAGCAGCUUCAACGGCUGGAUCCUGGGAGAGCACGGAGACACCAGUGUUCCUGUGUGGAGUGGAACCAACGUGGCCGGGGUAAACCUGCAGACGUUAAACCCGGAGAUCGGCACUGAGAGUGAUGAAGAGAACUGGACGGAAACACACAAGAUGGUGGUGGACAGUGCCUACGAGGUGAUCAAACUGAAAGGCUACACUAACUGGGCCAUCGGUCUGAGUGUGGCCGACCUGACAGAAAGCCUCAUCAGAAACAUGAACCGGAUCCACCCGGUCUCCACCAUGGUGCAGGGCAUGUAUGGCAUCAGUGACGAGGUGUAUCUGAGUAUGCCCUGCGUGCUGAACGGCGGCGGCGUGGCCAGCGUUGUCAACAUGACCCUGACAGAGGAUGAGGUGGCCCAGCUGCAGGAAAGCGCCAGCACACUGUGGGACAUCCAGAAGGACCUGCAGGACGUCUAGCUGCACGGCAGGGGGCGACGUAGCUGAGCCCUCCUGCUGUGUUAACACUCUGCGUUCACUAACACAGCUCUACCUUCAAACCACCGCCCACUGUAGACUCACAGGGAUGUUAAUCCCGUCAGAUUUAGCUGUAGCUGUAGCUGUCAUUGUCUGAUGGAGGGGAGUGCUGCUCUGACUCAUCUGUCCCCGGCUGUGCUGCUGUGUGGGAACAUGUGUCACUCGUGGCGUUUCGAUGUUUUAUAAAGCAAGUUCAGUUAUUCAAUAGUGAAGGGAAAACCAAAAGGUUUAUCUAAAAGGGUGAAAUUAAUCCUAUAAUGCUAUGCACACAAAGCUCAUGAAGGCAUUUCACUGAUUCACUCCCUAAUAAUAGUUUUAUUUGGACGUAAUAUCACCGACAGAAAUCCUAUGAGUCUUUAUGUGUAUAAUCCAACGAGAAUAAGAACAUUUGGACAAAUAUUAAAACAGCUGUACAACAGAAUAACGGAGGAUCAUGAUUAAAGCUGUGAACAGGCAUGCUGCAGCUAUUUCUACAAUGAUAUAGUAUAUAUGUUAUAUUUCUGUACAUCUUUAAAGAUAGACAUUUGCAUAACACCUGCAGUGGAAAAGUGGCAUUGAUCAAACGUAGAGGAGACACUGUUAUGAAUAGUGUGUUUAAUGAUGGGAUUGUCUGGCACAGAUAUUUAUGCACACGGUGCAAAAUAAAGUUGAUACCAUAUUUCCUCCCACAUUAAUCAGAUCUCACAUGUCUGGUAAGUUUAUUGUAUACAAAUAUACAAAUAAAAUAAAGGUGUUUAAAAUACUGA